AUGAGUCGUGAAACUAACUUUUUUAGUCAAGAUGUUCUUGAAGACGACGAUGAUUUCGAUGACGAGAUUCCGGUGAGCAAGGAAGAUGUAUUCAUGGGCCCUUGGUCGAGAGAAUUUGUUUGUCGCGAUUAUUCGGCAUUUGAAAAGCAUUGGAGUUCAAAUUCUGAUUACCAUCAUCCAGGCUUGGAAAAUAUUUCCGAGUUGUUAGUCAUAGAUGAUAUCUCUUUUCCUCUCUCCGAAAUCUUAACAUGUGAUGGAGUCAAUAUGAUCUCACAGAAACUUUCAAAAAAAGUGAAUGAGCUCACACAUUAUCCAGGCCAUCUUUCCGACUGCGUGAAGAUAUUUCACCUCUUGGAAUUUGUUGUUAGCGUUCCCAACGUGUCCAUAGAUCUCAAUAAAGAAGUGAUAGCAAGACUCGAACGUAUCGUAAAAAAAGUUCAAAUUGUUCCAAUUAGUGUAGGUUCUUUGCAGAAGAAUACGAAUUUUCAUGCUUUCAUAUUCUCUAUUAAAGCACUCCUGAUAGCUUACGCGAAAUUUUUACAAUUGAAUACAAUCUCGCAAGAUGAUGUGGAGACGAAACGUGAUAACCUGAUGAAUAUAACUUGUGAAUGCUUAGUUCGGUUGCAUGCCAAAUGUGAAACUGUGCUGUCUUGUGAAUGCGUUAAAGAUCUACUUACUCAGUUGUUUCAUGAACAGGCUCAGCCUUUCUUUAAAGCCUAUUUGACUCUCUUCGAUGAAACAUUCCAUGGGAAAAACAGACUAGCCAGAGUUCGGUUCUGCGUUGAUUACAAGGCAAAAGUCAUAGAUUACUUCAAAUUUUAUAGCGAUUGCUAUGACUUCCUCUUGUCAGUUAAAGCUUUCGGUGUCGAUAGUGAUAUUUCGUACGACUUCGUUACGAAAAUUUUUUUUUUGGCUGAGAAAAUCUCGGAACCGAAUCUCAUUGUAGUCUGUAGAAUACUGGUUGAGAUUCUGGUACGUUACCGGCCUAACUGUUUGGAUAAACAAAAGAAGUCAUCUAAACAGUUUUGGCUACAAAUCGCGCAGUAUUUCGAAAGGAAUAAUAUCGCUGACUUGGAACAUCUAUCGAAGAAUAAUGCGAGUUCCUGGUCUCAUGAAAUCCUUUACCCGGAAUGUGUUCUCUUACGAUUCGUUGCUCUUCUGUUCGCUGAAAGAGCUAUUUGGGAUAUAAGCCGUAAUAUUGUAUAUAACAGUCUGAACCGCAUGAAACAAUCUCUUUCUGCGAAGUCGUUUGGCACUCGCAUUACUCUCUUCUUCAUUGUUCUGAACAGUUGUGCAGAUCCAACAGAGUUUGGCAAUCGUCUUUGCGACUGGUUGUCCGAAACAUUUAAUGGGAAGGAUAUGUCAUUGUACGAAGUAUAUUUCAAUUCCAUCAAUGUAUUGUCAGACAUAGCAGAACGAAGGCAACUGUCGAUCAAUUCCAAAAUGAUUCUACAAAAACUUUUCGAUAGCGUUCCCUUACCUUUGCACGGUUCAAUGUUUGUAGAUAGACUCGCUACCUAUUCUGAUCAUCAAAUCCUAUCAUUGAUCGAUUUUUCUCGAGCAGGCAAACUUUUAGAGGAUCAACAUUUCGUCAAACUGGUCAGUUUGCUGUACCAAACAAGACUUCCUAUUAGUGAAGCACAAGUAACGAGAUGUUUCGACUUCAUGGCAGCCAAGAGAAACUCAACUUCUGUAACAGAGAUGACGAAUUUCUUUGUUUUAUGGUUGCGUGAAGGAUUAGAAAACAAUAAAUCCAUGUCUAAAUUACAUUUGACAAAAUUGGUCAAAAUGGCUUUGUUACCUGACGCACUUCCUCAAUUUGUUUUUGCCAUCACAAACACACUGUUAGCUCCUCCUCUAGUUGUGAUGAAUAUGGAUCCUUUCGUACCUUGUUGGCUUAUAGCUUCUUGCAAAUUUCAAGAUAGUCAUGCGGUGGACUUGUAUAAAUUGCACGGGUAUAUUUGGCCACAUAUAGAGAAGUCCCUGGCUAUUGAAGGAGCUAGGAUCGACCCGAACAGAUCAUUUGAGUCCAUUUUAUUGAUGUUCCAGGCUUUAGAAAAAAUGAAUGUUAACCAAGCGAUGAAGAAGAUUGCACUAUGGUUCCCUUUGGAGGUAGCUCAACAACUGGUAUCAUUCCUAUCUUUAAGCAAGAAUGACUUGAAGUUCCAGAGCUCCGUAGAGCUCAUCCUACUGUUGCUGUCGCAUGUGACUGUAGCUCUAAUAAACUUGGCACAAGCUACAGGAGAAAGUUUCAGAAAAUCGGUCCUUGUAGCACUUCUAGGUACCUUAUUGAACACCAAGAGUUUAUUUGAACCACCUAUACCUAUCCCGGUGUCUGAACAUUUUAUGAAGAUGAUGACGAACAUCAUCCGAGCACCACAUACAACGUACCUGCUAGCUAGACUCCGACAGGUUAUACUAGGUUGCGAACAAAGUGGUUUCACUGAGAAAGUAGUCUUAGCUCUUCGGAAUAAUGAAAAUGACUACUAUAAGAAGUUGUGUGAAGAAUGUGUACGCAACCCAGCUUUGAAAGCGAUAUUCACGAAAUACUAA